AUGCACUGCCGUGGGGUCCGGGCGAGGUUCGAUCUAACAGACCUGCCAGCAGAAGAGGCUUUGUUGUGGCAGAGCCGUACCAGAUUCGGUGGCAUUGCACAAGACUGGACAACCUACCCUCGAGAAGCUCAGGCACGGCUGAAUCGGGCGCAUGUGCGUGGGGAUGAGACUGUCGAGCUAUGCUUCGGUAGUUCUCGAUUCCGUGUGGAUUUGAUGAAAAAGAAGCAGUACAAUACAGCGGACAUCACCAAGGUCAGAGAUGUCCGACUUGCUAGCGUGCAGCCGAAGAUGUGGCUUCUCAUUUCAAAGCGUGAAGAAGCACAUUGGGUCGCACUGGAUGAGGCAAAUUGCAAGGACAUCGAAGAAGGCCUUGGUGAGCGACACCUCUGCCACGACGCCGUGCUUUUUGAAAUCUUGAAUCGUCGGCUGGGCAGAGGCAGCGUGCCUACGACUCUCUCUAUGAGGAUGCAUUCCGGGGCCUUCUAG